AUUAAGGGGCAGAAAGUUAGUACAUGUGCACUUCAGAUUCCCACCAAACCUUCAUUCUGCCUCUGUAUCCCCAUCCACCUUCCAUCUCCAUGCUAGAGACUAACAUGCAUCGUAGCAAAAUACAUCUGCCUUUUUGUUGUAUGAUGUAACCCACACCCCUUCUUCAGGUUUUAUCAAGUACAAAGUAGGUUUCUGUCACACAUCAAGAGGGUUCCAGAGCCUGAUUAAUGGCAACCGACUAUUAUGUUUAGACUCUACACCCCAUACUUGAAGGGGUCCCCAAAUUUAUCAGCAAGUGGUGGACAGAGGAUUGGUGCUGGUAUAGCAUGUAAGACCCAGACUGAGUGGGCAGAGGACCAAGAGUACUUAAAUUAGUGACCAACCUCAGGGAAGCAGUUGAGGGAGGGAUACCUGGCAGCCAUGUGCUGUCAAGCUGGCCUCCACACAAAUCCUACACCCCUCCGUGGGGAAAGGGCAGAAUAAAGACACCACUGACGGACAUGGGAUACACUGGGGUUUCAGGGCAAUAUGCAAAGAGUGGGUAAGAUGAAGAUGUAUGUCUGGCCUGUCUUAUAGGGGUUGGAUCAGUUCAUAACAGAAGGGUAACCUGGAUAGAAUAAAUUCUCCAACCCUCUGGGACAUGGAGGAGGUUGUCAGCUCUGGACCAUAUCUUUUCUUCUCUUCAUAUCCUUCCUCUCCUAUUCCUGCUCUGUUUCCUGCCUUUAUGCUUGCCCUUUGGACUCUUCACCUGCCAUCCCCAUUCUCCUUCCUCCUACUACUCCACUGCCUGUCAGUCUAUUAUCUCUGUCAGAGUUCACAGCUGAGAUAGGAGCAGAUGCAGGCUGGAACCGGGGCGGGCUAGGUGGAAAACAGCCACAGGUACACGCUAGAGCAGGAGCAGCAGUAAGGGCAGUGUUCCCAGCCAAGCAGUGACAUUGAGCAGACUAGAGAGGCUGCUUCCCAGGAGCCUAUGUACCUGCCUUGGGAUCACCUGGCGGGAUCUCGCCUGUGGAUUGGCUGAACCCUGUAGGUAACUGAUGACUCAUUACACUCAAGCAGGCUCAGAGGUAACUCAGGGAUGACUCAGGUAACUCACACUUUAUCUCCCACUUCCUCACUCUGAGACCCAUCUCUCCCUCUUUGAUUUGGCUUCUGCUCUCUUCUUGGAAUCUAGUUUCUCCUUCUCCCAUUUCCGCAUCCACUGGCUGAAGAGGAGGAGCCUUCUCUUCACUUUCAGAUUCUCUCCUCCCAUACCACCUGUUCCUUUCUAUCUAGUCUCUCCCUCCCGUCUGGCUCCCUCAGUCUCUCUUCCUGUACUUUGAUGUCUGGCUCUCUAUUCCUGUCACUGCAGCUGACCACCCUCAUUCUGGAGGCGCAUGGAGACUGCAUGUUAACACAAUUCACUCUUUGGCUUCAAGAAGAGAAAACCACUGAGACAAAACCAAAGAUCUUUUGCAUAUUUGAUUCUUCACACCAUUUGGACUUGUGAAACAGUGCUGCAAUGUGGUGGUUUCAGCAAGGCCUCUGUUUCUUGCCUUCGGCUUUGGUUGUUUGGUCAGCCGCUUCUUUCAUAUUUUCAUACAUUACCGCAGUCCUUCUACGUCAUAUUGACCCUUUGGUGCCAUACAUCAGGUGGCUGGACCUACCAUCAUCUUCCCUCUCUAAUUUCUCCUCCAUUUGGUGGAAGGACUGGCAGCCUUCACAAAUUGAUCCAUUGACUAUUGAGCUGCUAGAGAUGAGUUGUAACUGCCCUUAUCAAAAAAGUGACACAGGGACAAUACCUCCUGAAAGAUGCUUAUUUGGGAUUAUGUUAAAUAUUUCCACUUUCUUAGGUAUUGCUACUGUGUAUGUUCGCUAUAAACAAGUUUAUGCUCUGAGUCCAGGAGAACCCAAGAUCGCCAGAUUAAAUAAGGCUGGCUUUACGCUUGGAAUAAUAAGCUGCUUUGGACUUUGCAUUAUUGCCAACUUCCAGAAAUAUACUCUGUUUUAUAUGCACGUAGUUGGAGCCUGUCUAACGUUUGGAAUAGGAGCCAUUUACAUACUGGUUCAGACCAUUCUUUCCUACACGCUGCAGCCAAAACUUUUUUGGAUCCGAGUGAUUGUGUUACUCUGGUGCGGAUCAAGCAUAGCAAGCAUGUUUGUUUCUUCGGUCCUUUUGUACAGUGGCUUGUAUGGAACGGACCUAGUACAGAAGCUGCACUGGAACCCACAGGAGAAAGGCUACAUAGUUCACAUCAUCAGCACAAUCUCAGAAUGGUCUCUGGCUUUCUCCUUCCUCAGCUUUUUCCUCACCUACAUCCGUGAUUUUCAGAAAAUUUCCUUGCGUGCGGAUGUCAGUUUAAGUGGACACAGCGUUUGCAAUACACCCAAUAGCUUUGUGGCUGAUGAACACACGCUGUUGAUUGGAGGACGUUUAUAACUAAGUGGGAGAGAAAACACUUUCUCAGCUUUUAUAUCUCAGGAAUUUAAAAAGUAGCAAUAAUACUAACAAUUUAUAUAAGUGUUUGUGUCAAAAAUUCCAUCCAGUUAAAGAGGAGACUAAAUUCAAUCACUUUGACACAUAAAGGGCUUUGCUAUGAACCCACAUAGCAAUGCCAAGGUGAUUAAUAAUCAGUAUUGUCAAUAACCUGUAAUACAUUUCUGCACUUAUACAUUUUAUAGAAUGAAGAAUAAAAUGGACAUUGGAAAGUU